AUGGGGGGCGAAGUGAAGGAAGUGAAGCGUCACGAGAACUGGACAGGCCGUAGCUGUUGCCGGCUCGCCCGGAACCCCUUGUGCCGGGCAAAUUGUGCCCAAGCCGGUAGCCCAGAGGACCUGAAAAAUUGCCGGUGGAGCGACGAACCCCAACUGGCCGACUGCCUGGAGCAGCGAGCGGAUGCAGAGAGCUGCUGCGCAAGCGUCACCAACGCGACCUGUCGUGCCCACUGCACGGAACUCUUUCACGACCAUACGAGCAGGCAGUCGGCUCUUAAGGCUUACGGGAGCAAGGGUUGUUUUCAUCAAGUACCUAAGUGCCUGAAAAGCGUCGCUGAGACCAAAGCUACCGAAGAUCCAAAGCUAUAUCUCCACUGUUGCGAGCAGGCGUCAACCCCUAGCUGCCUGGAGAGUUGCCGACGUGCCCUCCACACCUCCCCUGCAAUUCAUGACAUGCUCGAUGCCUUGGAAGAGCCCUGCGGCCCCAUAAUGCCCCACUCACCGCUCUGGGGCUGCUUCCUGAAGUCUGCCUCGCCAUCAAGUGGUGCCAAGCCCCAGCGGCUGCCCCUGAACGCAGCAAAACUGAGCUGCUGCACCAGAGCCUCCCGCCGCGGGUGCCAGAGCCUUUGCUGGCGAGCCUUCCACACGGACUGGUCAGCCUGGCAGCAACUUGAGAGCACAUGCCUGAGCUCGAGCCUGGAGAACGAGCUUAGGAGAUGCCUCGAGGAGGCUGAGGACUCGUGCGAGAUCGGCUGCGCCGGGCUGUCUUUUUGUUCCAACUUCAACGAUCGGCCGACUACGCUUUUUAGAACCUGCACAGCAGCAGCCGACGACUCAGCCAAAUGGGAGUUAGACCACUGGCUCCGUGGCGGCAUAAUAUCAGGGCUCGGCGUGCCAGUACGCGCCGCAACCUCCUGUCCCGCGACGACCCUUCGAGCAGCAGCCUGCCUGCUUCAACUGCGCCCGUGCGAGUCGCGCAUCCAUGAGACGAGGCUCUGCCGGGAGGACUGCAUCGAACUAAUGACCAGCUGCGUCGACUGGUCUGCCGUGCGAGGCCACAACGCCGCUACCCUGUGCUCGAAGCUCUCGCCACCGAAGCCCGGCAUGCCCUGUGUCUCCAUCAAGCCCUUCCUCGAGGACCCGAGGGAGCAGAACGAGCCCCCGCUUGGCAUAGACGAGGACAUCAAUGUGCCCUGCAAGAACAAUCCCUGCUCGGCCGGCAAGAUUUGCGUCAUCCAUCACAGGGAGCGUAGGAACUAUCGCUGCGUACCAGGAAGCAAUCAGGCAAAAUGGAAUCCAAACAUAAGUGUUUGA